UAGAAAUAAAAAAUAAAUAAAAGGAAAUUAGUUGGUUAAACUAAACGAAGUCGUUAUUGCCUAUUAUAAAUCCCGAGGAUCAAUCGGGGAAUUUUUAGACCAUUUCUUCCCGUCAUCUGCCAGAGAACGCAGAUCCGGCGAAAAUCAGCCGGAAAUUCCAAGAAUUUGAAGUUGAAUCCGACGGUUGUGAAUCAUGAGCAGCCAUCGCAAAUGCGACGAUGGGCGAGAUGCGGAGGUUAAAUACAACGAAAAGACAGAGAAGAGGAGGGAGAGGAAGAAUGAGACGAGGUCGUUUCAAAGGCGAUUGGUGAAGUACAAGGACUUGCCGGAGUAUCUUAAAGACAACGAGUUCAUAUUGGACUAUUACCGGUGCGAAUGGCCGGUGAAAGAGGCGCUCUACAGUGUAUUUUCAUGGCACAACGAAACUCUCAACAUCUGGACCCAUUUGAUAGGGUUUUUUAUAUUUGGGGCAAUGGUUGUAAUGACGCUGAUGGAAGGGACGGAGCUCGGAGAUUUUCUGCUCGUCAAUUUCUCCAGAGGUACAGUUACGGUGCCGUUUUGGACAACUAUGGGUAUGGAAAAGGACGUCAACGGCUCUGAUAGCUUUAUUCCAGAAACAAGACACGUCUCAAAGUCAUCAGUUUUCUUAGUAGACAGAGCGGAUGAAACCACGACUUUACCAAGAUGGCCAUGGCUCGUUUUCUUAAUUGGUGCUAUGGGUUGCUUGGUUUGUAGCAGCCUCUCCCACCUUCUCGCUUGCCAUUCCAAACGCUUCAACCUUUUCUUCUGGCGCCUGGAUUACGCAGGCAUUUCUUUGAUGAUCGUCGGAUCCUUCUUUGCUCCUAUUUAUUAUGUGUUUCUCUGCAGCUUUUAUCCUCGGUUGUUCUAUCUUUCUUCGAUAUCCGUGCUCGGUGUUGCUGCCAUUGUUACUCUUCUUGCACCUGCUCUCUCGGCCCCUCGUUUCCGGGCCUUCAGAGCCUCCUUAUUUCUCACCAUGGGCUUCUCAGGGAUAAUCCCUGCUGCACAUGCUGUUGCUCUCUACUGGGGAUAUCCGCGUAUUUAUCUUGCCUUCUCCUAUGAGCUUGUCAUGGCGAUUUUAUACGCUACAGGAGCUGGGUUAUAUGUUAGUCGGAUACCAGAACGAUGGAAACCUGGUGCCUUCGACAUUGCAGGACACAGCCACCAGCUUUUUCACGGGUUUGUCGUUCUGGCAGCUCUGGUCCAUAGUGCAGCAACAUUGUAUAUUAUUGAUUUUCGACGGAGUUCACCCACUUGCAACUCUUAGGGAUUCCUUGAUGGCUAAGCUGCCAAGUAGAUCGAGAGCGAGUUUCUGGGUCAUACUCAUCAAUCGUCUCCAAAUAUGUUAUGGCAUGGUGUAAACUGAAACAGCUGUAGUUCUUCAACUAAGGAAGUGCAGGAAUUACGUGUCCCAUAGCAUUUGCUAUAAAAGAAUUCUUUUGCUCUCAAGAAUCUAGGAACCAACAUCUCAUUCAAUAGAAAGCACAAAUCACUUAUACACAGUGUACUUAAAAGUAAUUAGUUCAUAUCUUCCAAUUGCUUUCCACUAAGUUGCUGUAGAACUCGAAUUAGCUUAUUUUACAAAUUCACGUGUUCACGAAGUUGAAGAAAUUGAAGGUUUAACAGUUGCAUGUCUUUAAAAAAAUUAUACUUUAACACUGAACUCUAAAUAAACGCAUUCAUACAUGUCAUAUCACUCGUAAAUAGGUCAUAAAACCAGAUUUUUUGAGACAACUAUGAUGAAUCGGUCCGAUAGAAGGUUGAUAUCCAAGCAGCUCAGGAUGGCUUUUCUUCGGUUGUAUCAGUAAAAUUUCAAGUUGCCCACGGAACAUGAAUAUUCAUUACAGCAGGCGACUUCCACGCAGCUAUCAGUCCAGGAAUGAUCUGUGAAGAGUAUAAAUCAUCCAAGAGACGUUUCCAGAUUUGGUUGAAAUUAUGGCCGGAGUUGAGAAGAAUUUACAGAUAAGAAACUGAGAUAAACAAACAAGAAUGCUAAUGAAAUCCUUCAUUGCUUGUGGUAUAUUUUAUUAACAUGUUAAGACAUUCACGAUACUCAAAUUAGGAAGACUUCUGCUACGUACCUAAACUGCA